AGAGGCUACACUUCCCAUCCCACCCCAACAUAAACCAAAAAAAGUCAAAGAGUCUUCCCAGAAUGACCAUUCAGAUCCCAGUACAUCACAUGAUUUAUCUAAAGAUCUUGAUGAAUCACCCAUAUUUCAUUCUGUGUCUGUGGCAGAAUAUAUUACUGAAGAGGAGAGACAAACAACUGCAAGGGCUGACCACACGAAGACCCAACGACCCAACAAAGAGUGAGCUUAAAGAAACACUGGAGGUUCUGCUACGAAAAGUAGACAGCCUGGCAGCCACCCAGAGAGAAAUACUCAUCCUACUGAGGAAAUGCCAGGGUCAUCAGAGAGCGGAAGACAUCCUGGAGCUCAAUAUUGCUCAGAACAAAGAGGAGCUUGAGGCCCUUGACAACCGUCUUAAAGACUCGGAUUUCAGAAAGAGAGUGAUUCACCAUCUCAGCCUUAUUGGUGGGGCAAAUCCAGGGGAUUGUGUGAGGAGAGUGAUGCGGGCAGUAGCGACAAACAUCGUGUGGAGCCACUUCAGUUUGAAGGGGAAAAGGGAGAAAAUGCCUCUGAUUGACACAACUCUGUGUAAAGUCAUCAAACGAUCGACUGCCAGUAGGCCCUGCAGAAUUGGAGUAGUUCGCUUGUUCUGCAUUCCUCUACAUUCCCCUUCUUUGUUCAAACGAAUUAUAAUUGUGUUAUAAUUAAUUAAAAUGUUAUUGUGUACUGUUGUUUUCAAA